AUGGCAUUAGGUGGUCGGCCAACUGAGCAGUUGAACUUGAAGAAUACUAGAAAGUCACUAUGUUUGGGACCCCUCGGGGGAUGUCGGAGAGCAAGGUUCAGCCCGAUCCCUAUAGGCCAGGCUGAGGAAUCCCACCUGCCGGAGGGACCCCGCUCACUCCACAGAUGUUCUUCCAGCCGCAGCACUGCCCCAGGUGACCGAGGAACUCUCAGGGCGAAAGAGGAGGAGUGCCAUUUAAAUAGUUUCCAAAAGCAGGGCUCCUGUGCUACCUUACCAGGGGAGGAAAAUAAGAUUUUAUCAGAUCAAAGAGCAGCCUUACAAGAUCUCCAAGAAAUAGAGAUUCUGCAUAAAAACGUCAACAUCACAGCAUCUAAUCAGAAUGAGAAUGAUCCAUGGCAUAAGACGAUGGGUCCCCCAGGUCACCUGGAAGUUUCACCAGGGCUGAGCUUUUAUUCCUGCUUUGUCUGCAGGAAGGUCUCCCACAAAAAGAGAGACUUGGUGAAGCACAGAAGGAACCACUCCAAGAGCCAGCCCUCUAAAUAGCCAAAGUACAAGAGCAGAAGGAGCUCUGACCUCAGGGAGCGGAUGGUCCCGUGUGAGAAGAAGCGUUUCCAGUGUGGUGAGUGUGAGAAGAGCUACCACAUGAAGUGCAGCCUGAUUGUGCAGGUCAUUCACACGGAGCAGCAGCCCUUCCAGUGCCCCAAAUGUGAGAGGCCCUUCCGGCGUAAAGCCACUUUGAAGAAGCAUCAGUGUUUGCACAAGGGUCAGAGACCAUUUUCCUGCCAGGAGUGUGGCAAGGGUUUCCCCCAGCAGUCCAAGCUCACUGAGCACAUCAGGGUGCACACUGGGGAGAAGCCUUUCCAGUGUCCACAGUGUGACCGAAGCUUCCGCCUGCAGAGAAGCUUGAAGGCCCAUCUUCACCUGCACAGUGGGGAGAAGCCCUUCCAUUGUCCAGAAUGCAAUCGGAGCUUUUCCCAGAAAGCGGCUGUGAAUGCUCACCGGAUGGUACACAGUGGGGAGAAGCCAUUUUCCUGUGAUCAAUGUGAUAGGAAAUUCGCCCACCAGGCUAGACUCACUGAGCAUGUCAGAGUUCAUACCGGAGAGAAGCCCUUCAAGUGUUCUGAGUGUAAGAAAGCUUUCCACCUAAAGAGAAGCCUAAAAGCCCACUGUCAGCAUAGCAGGGAGAAGCCCUUCCCGUGUCCGGAGUGUGGGAGGACUUUCUCCUGGAAGAACGCCAUGAAGGCCCACCAGCGUCUCCAUAGCAAGGAGAAGCCAUUUUCCUGUGCACAGUGUGGCAAGAGGUUUACCCAGCCCUCCAAACUCACUCGCCACAACGGAGUCCACAUCAAGCAAAAGGAAUUCUCCUGUGCCGAGUGCAAAAAGACCUUUCCUCGGCAGUCAAGGCUUACAGAGCACCUCAAGGUCCACACCAAGGAAAAGCCAUUCUCCUGUGCUGAGUGCAGCCAGAGCUUCCGCCGACACUCACACCUCACUGAGCACAAGCGGCUUCCCAGUGAGGAGGAUCCUUUCCAGUGUCCCGAGUGUGGCAAGAGCUUCUUCUGGAAAGCCUCUAUGAAGUUCCACCAGCGGAUGCACAGGGGCAAGAAGCCCUUCGCGUGUAGCGAGUGCAGUAAGGCCUUUACUCAGCAGUCUCAGCUCACUGAGCACGCAAGAAUCCACAGUGGGGAGAAGCCCUUCCAGUGUCCUGAGUGCAAUAAGUGUUUCCGUCUCAAAGGACAUUUGAAAAGCCACCUGCUCCAACACAGUGGCCAAAAACCAUUCUCUUGUGUUAAGUGUAGCGAAAGUUUCACUCAGCAGUACAGGCUCACACCCAUAUUGCUGCAAUGCAUGCCAGGGAAAAGCCCAUCAGUCUCUAGGUCAAGCCAGUGAGCUCUGUUGGCUCUGGCUGAGUCAGGAUAAAGAAUUUGCAGAACACUGGCUUCAGACACAUGGGCCAGAUGCAUAGAAGACCUGGUGUGGCGCCUCCUUGACAAAGGUUCCAAAUAAUUUAGGCAUAAGAUAGGCAUCUCUCCUCUGUAAUCGUCACAGGCAAGGCCUGCCAGUCAUGGAAGGAACAUUUUAUUCUGUUCUGCUAUUUCAUCCACUGUUGUGUUAUCCAAAAGCAUGGUAAUUCCUUCAUUCAAUUCUGAAACCACAGCCUGAGUGAAGAAAUGUUACAGAUGGAAUUGUUUCCCCCAAAAUGCGUCAGUGUGCUUUCCAUUACUGGGCUGUCUUAUUUAAUUGAGGUUUUCUGUUUUCUCACACAGUGAAUUUCAUUUUCUCUCAAAUGGUGAGAGGACAUCUGUGUCUUGUGGGAAUUUCUCUAUAUUGCUCAAAAUAAAUGUAAUUUACUGUCUCAUUUG